AUGGAGGACCGUUUAUUGGAUUUUAAUAUGUAUGGAUCCCAAUUACACAAUUUAUUACAUAAUGCAUUUUCAACAUGCUUGGAAGAAUCAGAAAGAACAUGCAAACGUAGUUAUAUAGUUGCUAUCAUUUUAGCUUUUCUCGUUUUACACGCUCUUCUUUACAUGAAAUAUAAAAAAAACUUUAAAGUGAGUAGUAUAUUUAAAAAAUCAAAGAAAAACAAAUUGCCAAAACAUUAUGAAGAAGAUGAAGACGAAGACGAUUAUCCACCUCCUCGUCACUCAUCUUUACCAAAUGAACGUAAAGGUUCCUUCCCACCUCGUCAGCCAGCUCGUUCCCAUUCAUCAAGUUCAUCUAUGUUUGCCUCAGCCAAUGCAGAAAAUUAA